UGUGCUGUAGACAUUCCCAAACAGUUAGCUCAGGACUUCAUAGAGUACAGUCCUUUCCACAGAAAUUCGAAACCCGUCACAACAUUUGCAUUUCUUCAAGUAAAAGAUGAACUGCUUUGGGGUAACUUCAUUGAUCUGUCUUAAUAUUUUUUUGUUCAGCUGGGGAGAGACUGUCAUAAAUAAUGUCAAACCUUGUUCAUCUCAGGGCACAAGGAACCUUGGAGCUGUGGAGGAAUCACUCAAGGCAGAAGAGAAAAAUAAAUCUGCAGAUAUAUCAAAACAAAACGAACAAUGUGUUGUACCAUGUGAUGUUCAAGCUAAAAUUUUACGAGGGGAAAAACAUUACAUGUGCAGAAAUUUGCAAAACUCUCUUGUUGAAUAUGCAAGAAGUACAAAAAAGCUGAUAAGAAACAUGAUGGAUGAUCAACAGUCUUCCUUGGAUUACCUUUCUAACCAGGUAAAUGAACUCAUGAACAGACUUCUUCUUUUGAACACAGAAAUUCUGAGAAAGCAUUUGGAUUCACUUCCUUACAAAGCAGUUCAGUCUCACGGGUUGGAUUGCACUGACAUUAAAGAUACUGUCGGUUCAGUUUCAAAAACUCCAACUGGUUUGUACAUUAUCCAUCCAGAAGGAUCAAAUUAUCCUUUUGAGGUCUUGUGUGACAUGGAUUUUCAAGGAGGUGGAUGGACUGUGAUUCAGAAAAGAACUGAUGGAAUCAUUCCAUUUCAGAGAACAUGGUCUGAAUAUCUGGAUGGAUUUGGUGACCUUUCUGGGGAAUUUUGGCUUGGACUGAGGAAGAUUUUUCAAAUAGUAAAUCAAAAAGCCAUUAGUUUCUGUCUUCAUGUGGAUUUGGAAUCGGAAAAUGACAAACGUGCCUAUGCAUCAUAUGAUGGAUUUUGGAUUGAGGAUGAAGCAUGCUCUUUUAAGAUCCAUUUGGGACGAUAUUCAGGAAAUGCUGGUGAUGCAUUUAGAGGAUACAGAAAAGAACAUAACCAGAAUUCAAUGCCUUUCAGCACAUUUGAUGUUGAUAAUGACGGAUGCAGGCCAAUAUGCACCAUUAAAGCACAGCCUGUAAAGAGCUGCAGUAACUUCAGUGAUAACACUGGAUGGUGGUUCAACCAGUGUGGCCUUGCAAACCUUAAUGGUGUUCAUCGCUACACAGGUAGAUUUCUUGCAACUGGGAUUCACUGGGAUACGUGGACAAUGAACAAUAAACCAGUCAAAAUUAAAUCAGUUUCAAUGAAAAUCCGGAGAACCUUCAAGCCGUACUUCCAUUAACCCAUGAAAAUAGAAAUAUAUCUUUUCUUGCAAUUACGUGGGAUAAUGUAUCACUGUAUCAUAAAUACUUUUCAUUUUCACUUGAACAAUUCAGUCUUAAAACUUUAUUAGAUACUUUCAUAUACAGUUAUUCAUUUUCAUUAUGAACUGUCAGCAUUUCUAGUGUGCCCACUUGAGUAAAAGGGUCCUAAGGAAAAUAGGGUUUUCAGAAAAGGCAUGAAGCUUAGUGUUUGUCAGCUUUUAUUAAACUGUCUCUUAUGCAAUCUCAGAGCCAGCAGAAAAAAUAUAAAAAGGAAUGUAAUGCUGAUUUUAGAAUCAAUUUUUUGGGUUUUUUUUCUGUGCUCUAUGCAUAUCUGAAUUGCCAAGAAAUUUCAGCAACUUUUCUUUUAAAAAGCCAUAUAUCUGCUAUUUCCGUAAUUAUACUUUGGGAAAAUGCCUUUGCUUCACCUUAGGUUAAUUUUCCAGAUCCAGCUCUUCUUUCUACAUUCCUCAACAGUCAAGAUACCACUGACUUAUUUCAGCACAUAGGUAAGGUUCUGUAUACUCUCAGGGCCUGAUUUUCAUAAAAGGUCAAUACUGACAUGCAAGAACUGUGGUCUGUUUUGUAUUUAAUUUUCACAGACAAUGUGUUUCACAAUCAGAUUUUUACUCAGCCAUUGUCUAUUUUACAAUUCCCUAAAAAAUGAACAUUAAAAAAAAAAAAAAAACUAUGACACUUUACGUAACUGUUGGGGUUUUAACUUUUGGAUAUGUGGACUUGAUGUUAUGUUUUUCGUUCUUACUUUGUGAAUGAUCACGUGGUAAUGAGCAAAACCAAUUUGAAUUGUGUAAAUUCAUUUUAAAUUAAGUAGUGUAAAUUCUUUAAAUUUCUGUCACUGAGAACAGAAUAAUAAAAACAAAAAUUUGAACAUUGUCAGUGCCACGGUGUUUCUGGAACUUGCCAUCUGUUCUGUAGUAAGUAGGCAUGCUAUUUGUCAUCUCUGCUUCAGUUUCAGUAGAUGAGGAAUGAAAUCAAUUAAAAACUCUAUGCGUUUCCUCUUUGCUGUCUUGUGCUUUGACCAGGCAUUAAUACAGUGAGCAGAAUCCAUCAUCAAUUCAGAACCACCAUGUUUUAGAGCUCCUUUCCAAAGAUAUAUGUAGCUUUUUUUG